CAAUUUCACAAGGAAAAUGGCGUCCAAUACCUCGAACAGUGAGAGAAGUUAUCAGCACUUUUCAGUGUCUGUUUAUUGGGCUCUGCAUAAAAUAGUGGGAUCUCCACACCAGGUGGCGAUGAGGAGAGAUCUCCUGGAUAUUGUCAAUAUAUUGGACAAUCAUACCAGGGCUAUUGUUGUGUCAUCUUGCAUAAGUGGAAGCAGCGGCGAAGGAUUCAGGCUUAACGAUUCCGAUGUGGAUAUCAUAAAUUGGCCAAAUAAUCAUCGAGUGAUUUGGGAUUUAUCUCAGGUCCAGUAUUACAAUGUACGAAAAUGUGGGCUAAUUGUUGCAGACAGUUCUGAUAGCCCACCAGGCUACACUUUACUCUGCUUACCAAAACUUAAUACAUGGUUAUCAAAUAAUAUUUUAUUCUCUUGUAUCAGAAUGAAUGAUAGAUAUUAUGUAUCUAGUUGUUUACACAAAGAGUAUAUGUCUUCUUUAGUGUUAUCUGAUUCUGUAAUACAUGGACCAUGCAAUCUUCAUGUUUCCAGGCAUUUUGAUUUUGAUCAUGCCAACUGUUUUGCUUGUGACUUUUGGUCUCCAUCUGCCUCUACAUGGAUAGACAGAUGUCACAGUCACUCGUGGCCAAAACCUCGUGUUGUUCAUGACAUCAUCACUAGUGGAUGCCAUGUUGUAGCAGUAGGACACCGUCUAGGAAAUCAUCAAGACAAUGAAUGGAGGAUAUCCUUUUCGAAGGCAGAAAAAAGGCUCGUCCAUACCAUGAACCAUUGCCAAUUUUUAAGUUAUGGCUUGCUGAAACUAUUUUUAAAUGAAGUCAUAAACUUCGAAUCAAAUGAUGAAAGUAAAUUAUUGUGUUCCUAUCACGUGAAGACAGCUAUUUUCUGGAUGCUACAAGAAAACAUUAUGUCGCAAUGGAACCCACAAAAUCUCCUGGAGUGUUUCUGGGUUUGCUUUAAGCUCAUUCUGAAGUGGGUGUAUGAGGGAGUGUGUCCAAAUUUUUUUAUUCCAGAAAGCAACAUGUUUUUGACUAAAAUCUAUGGACAUUCACAAGUAAUGUUAUUGACACAGUUGUUUACAUUAUAUGAAAAUGGUCUAUCCUGCCUGCUACUGAGUCCAUCCAUAAGGUCCUUUAUCGUAAAAAUAAAUCAUAUUUCCACUCUCUUGCACGGUAUAGAUGAAAGCUUUUUGAUCUCUGAAGCUGACUUUGAUAAAGAACUAUUCCAAGAGAUAGAAAAAAAUGAUCCCUCAUCACUUCAUAAUGAUUUUGGCGGUCACAGACGGGUCUUGUACCAGAUAGAAAAAAUGAUGAGUUUCCCCCUCUCAGAGUACCACCUUGUCAUGCUACAAAAAUAUGCAUCAGAAAUCCUUCAGCGAACCGCAUUCUUGGUAUAUAUGUUUACGAGCUACAAAAUCCAUACUGAAGUUAACAAAAACAAAGCAAUAUACAUCUCUGAUAAGAUUUCCUGUCGCAUGCUGAAAUUAGCUUCCAAGUUAGGAAGUAUUUCUGCCAAAUUGUACCUUGCCAUGUAUUACUACCAAACAUGCAGAUACAGUAAAGCAUUAUCUAUCAUAAAGAUGGCAAAUCUCAAAGUAUCAAAGCCGUUUCCCGUGCACAUGUUUAACAUUGACCCAGAUAGUUAUAUGGAGGCUGUAGGCGGAAGGUCAUUAUCUACAAAAUUUAGGAAAGUUGUAGCAAACAAAGUCCAACUUCUCAUUGAUACAGCUUAUAUCAAUGAGUUAGUAGUUGAACAGCUGUCUGCUUUACAGAAUGGAGAGGAACGAAUAUUUAUCCCACCUCUCGUCCUGUCUCUUAUGUUAGAGCUCCUUUGUAACAGACACCUUGACACUGUACGUGCCCAAAAAGCUCUAAAUGAUCUACGGGCCCUAGUUCACGAUGACCAGGGGACACAUAUACCCCCAGUACUCAGAGACAUAUCAUGGCAGAUCCUAGGAAUUUGUCAACAGAUCACAGAACAUCUUCAGGAUGCUCUAUAUUCCUACCAGCAAUCGCUCAAACAACUUCCAGUGAGUAACAUAACAAAUGCUACACUAAUACGAAUUAUAAUUUUGAUCUACAGACUUUUAUUUCCGGAUAAGUGUAGUUAAGAAGUUUUCGACACUGUAUCAUGAUAGAACAUAGCUGGGAUUCUGUCAACAGCUUACAAGGGACCUCUAGGCUGCUCCAACUAUCUAUUACGACAAUGUCCAUUUUAUAAAUUACGAACUGCAACAUUAAAGAGAAUAAACAGAAUUAUAUUGUAGAUAUUUUAAAUUGUUCCUGUGACUUAAAUGUCAUAAAUGUAUUUUGUUUUAACUUAUUGAUAUGUUUGAUGUAAUGAAUACAUAUUUUUGUUUUU